UAAAACGCAAGACCAUGGCAGUGGUGGAUAAAAAAAAAUAUGUAUUGCUAAUAAUAAAUUAUUAUGUUCACACAUUAAUCGAUAGAAUUUGAUUUGUUCACAGGAGGCUAUUAUACGAUCGAGCAAAAAGGAAAUAAACUUAGGAUAAUCGCGCUCAAUUCAAAUGCAUUCUCAACAGUAGAAAGACAACGGAACGUAGUCAACCCUAUAGAGCAGCUCGAAUGGUUGGAAAAAAUUUUAUUGAAAUCAGUAAUGAACAAAGAAACAGUAUACCUGGUCAGCCACAUGUGCCCCGGAGCCAACGAAAGAGACCAAGACGAGGCGCCCACAUUCCAAGACGACUACAGCGCGAACUACUUGGAAAUGAUCCGGAGGUUUGCGCACAUCAUUGUCGGACAGUUUUGCGGUCACCUUCACUCCGACACGUUCCGGAUCGUCUACGACCAACACAAAAAACCAGUGUCGUGGAUGAUGGUCGCACCGUCGUUGACGCCUAACAAGUCUCCCGGCGUGUCCAACAACCCUGGUUUGAGACUAUACAAAUUCAACACGAAUUCGGGCCAUAUUUUAGACUACACGCAGUACUACAUCGAUCUGGAGUCGUCACCCAACGGCGAUCCGGACGACUGGAGGAUCGAGUACAACCUGACGCACUACUACGGACUCCACGAAAUCACGCCCAGGUCUCUGCACGCGAUUGCCGACACGUUCCAGGACGACGAGUCAGCGCAGUUCGACAGGUACAUCGAGGCCAACUCGGUGCGGCAGUUCAAACCUAAGGAUUGCAAUCUGGAGUGCAGACGAGCGCAGUAUUGCGCCGUCACCGAGCUCGACUACGGUCGGUUUCACAGUUGCGUGGAGACGGCCGCCGAGGCGCUUUCCGGGUCGGUCCGUCCGCGAGGCGACGAGGCACUUUUCGCCGCAGCCGUCUUGCUGACCGUCGUGGCGCUCACCCGGCGCCGCCACCACUAGCCACCGACUUCACCGACGAAGCAAACAACGUUUUCUCAGAGACGUCCUCUCACGCAAACGUAAAAUGAUAUUACAACGACGGUAAAUGUCGACUCGACGUUUUUCUCUAUCUCUUUCUUACUCUAUCUCUAUCUUUAUAUAAUCUAUCUCUCUCUAUAUAUGCGUGUGUGUCUCUCUCUCUCUACAUGUCUCGAUCACUCGGUUGCAGAUCUCUGUGUGUAUAAUAUCAUAUUUUUUAAAAAAAUGUGUCACGACUUUCGUCGAAAUCGCGUCGCGACGAUCUAUACAAUAUAUAUAUAUACAUAAUACGACGACGUCCUAUAUUAUAUUCUAUACUGCAUUACAAUACGCCCCCCCACCGCCCCCGGCCUCACUGAAGACCACAGACUUCAAACGCUCGUCUGUUCCCGCCACUGGGUCGAACGCCGCGCGAGACAGCGGAACGAGAGCUCGCAAUAUUUCCCCCCCCCCCCCCACGAGAUGCCGAGUUUGAUUUAUUCCACGUUCGUAUCCGUCGGUUUCUUACGUCUGCGGCGGGGACACCUCCGCACGAAGAGGAGGGUUUAUUAUUUUUAUUUUAUUUUUCCCCCACAUCGAACCCGCCGGUUUUUUUUCCUCUCGACUAGACGUCUCGGAUCGUAUAUUUUACCGCCUCGGAUCGGCACACUCCGAUAAUUUAUUAUUUUUACAUCCGUUAACGAGAAAAUAUGGUGCUCAUCCUAUGUACGCAGUAAGUGCCCACAUAAUAUAUACGUAGGUAUAUUAUAUGCGGUGCAGGGCGAUUUUCUUUUCCCGCACCGAUCAAUCUGCUUGAGAUAUUUCACCCUGUCCGUUUAUUAUAGUCCAUAAUAAUAAUGUGCUGCACAAUUUUCGUACUCCGUUUUAUUUCCUAUUGCCGACGCCGUCGUUCAAACAUAUUAUGAUUGCUGUGUAAGAUAUUAUAUAUUUUGGAAACCAAUACGUCUUUUGGCAUAGUGCGUGGACCACAAUAUCAAAAGAAACCAAAUUUGCGUUUCAUAACGUUAUUUAAGCAUAAUAAUAUAUUUAAGUAUUAUGUUUUUAAAAGUCAUUACCAUUUUAUCCGUCGUAUCGGGGAAAAAAAUAUUUAACCAUCAUGAUAUCGUAAUUGUCUCGUCCCGUAACUAAAACUUUCAAAAGCGGCAGCUUUCAGUCGGUCGGAAAAUAAAAUCACCUAUUACAAUAACAAUAUUAACAACAAGACAUUUUAUUUUUCGAUAACGACAUAGGUCAGCAUUUAUAAAAAAAAUAAAUAAAUAAAUGAUGGCUAAUCUUACAAAAAUGUCGCUGUGCGCUGUUCAUUACUUACAGCGUCAAUAACCCUACUGUAGGAGAUAGGUAGUUGUUAAGAUACAUAAUAUAAUGCUAAUAAGAUAAAAAUUAAAGCGAUUGCAAUAGUAAUUCGAAUUUUAGUCUAUCGAAUCAAACAUGAUCAUCGCCGAUCAAAUAUUUAUUUAUUUCAUACCAUAAUAUACAACAAAAAAAAAUGCAUAAUAAUUGAUCAAAGACGUUCGUGUUUGAUAAUAUGGUAUUGCAAAGAUUGAUAUUAAUACCUUCUACUUAAAUUCGUCGCUUUCAAUUGAUUUCGGUAAAAUACAAUUUCCCUCCGGAAGUAUACAAUUAUCUCUACAUAAGGCUCUUUUGAAAACUCAAUGAAAAGAAAACAAACACGACCCCGGAAUAAGCGAUAUAAAAUUAAACACACCUUGUAAACACGUAAUUCGUACAUUAUUCAAACUGAGAGAUGUAAAAACCUAUUCACAAAGUUUAAAAACAGCGAAGUCGUUUUCGAUAUAUUUUGCUUAAUUUAUAAAGGUAUACUGUAAGAACGAUGGUAGGUGCCCAAUAGUAAUAGUAAUAAUAAUAAUAAUACGCUACAAUAAUAAUUAUCACGGUUCUAUCUAACGAUUCAUACAUUUUUAAUCGAAAUAUUAUUACUUUGAAUGUAUAAAAUAAGUUGUGUCAUAAUAAUAUCGUGACAUAACCGUGGUAAAAAAAUAUAAAUAAUAAGCCUGUUCCGAGUUGAAAUUAGGACAUUCAUCAACUUAACCGAAUGAAAUUAUUAUUUUCGUUCGUAACAACUAUUAUAUAGUUUGUGGACACUAAAAACAUAGGUUCAAUCUAUUUCGUUUAAUUAACGGGUGUAUAAUAAUGAUAAAACAUAAUAUCGUAAUAGCUUCGUUGACAUGGAAAAACGCACUUCAUAAUUAUUAUUAUAUGGACUGCAAUAUUGUUGUACAAGCCUGGUGUGUGGGGUUGAGUGGAACGGCUUUUAAAUAAAAAUACAUUAUACUCACCAUAAUAUUAUAAUUUAGUUAUGCAAAAUGAUAUCGAUAUUUUGAUACGAUAUCGAUGUAACUAAACACUUACAUCUAUAUUUAUAUUUGUUAUUUAUGCAUAUUAUUACACCAAAUACAUUUAACGAUUAAAUCAUAUAGGAAGUAAAAUUAACAAGCAGCCAAGUAUUAUUUCAUAUAAUGUAUAAUAUUUUUACGAUUUUAUUUCAAUACAUUUAUAAAAAAAAAAAUUCAUUAUGAAUAAAAUACUACAUCCGGAUAAUACGCAGACAGCCAAUAUGCUAGAAUCAUCUUAUUGUAGGUGUAGUUAUUUAUAAUUUACCUAUGGUAAAAAAAGUUAAUGAAAAUAAAAAUCGCCAAUAAAAAUUUUAUUUUCGAUACUACGAUAUUGAUAUUUAAAUUUAAUAUUGAUAAAUAAGGAACGAUAUCGAUACUCAAAAUAGGUAUCAUAAUGUUAAUUGUUUCCGUGCAGGUAUCGUACCAUAUACCACCACCACCGCACCUCGUUGAACUAGGAAAUCCGUCCAUCUCAAACACUAUAACAUAAUCUUUUCUGAUAUUUUACAAUUACGACGGAUCAUUAUUUUUUUUGAUUUUUUUUUUUUUUUACUAAGAUCGCCUUUUCGACUCGCUAAAUGUCCGAAAUUGUAUUUUUUACCAAGCCACGUAAAUUAUCUUCGCACUCUGAAGGCGUAUAGUGUGAUAAGUGGCUCUACCAGGAAGAGUCCACGCUUCGAACUCUUUGAACCGUAAUAUAACAUCGAUAUUAAUGGACUGUAAUUUCGGUUGGCUGUAUGCAAGUUGUUGCAGAAACAUAUGAAAUACAGCGGUGUCUUAAAAAAUUUUCAUAAUUAUUUAUGUUUUUGGCGAUUAUGCAAUCAGUGAAUAUACUAUUAUUAGAGCUACAAUACGAAUGAACAUUUUUUUUAUUAAAAACUAUAUUGCCACCGAG